AUGCAGAUCUCUGGCGGACAAGACCACCUCCCUCGCGGUGGAGCCGGGGGCACCAUCCAGAAUGUCCAAGCUACAAUCCAAGUCAAAGAGAGCAUCCCCCUGCACCAGCAGCGGUUGACUUUUGCUAGUAAACAGAGAGAGGACGGCCGCACUCCGACUACCCCGUCCAGAGGUCCACCCUGCACCUGGUGCUGCGUCUGCGCUGGGGCAUCAUGGCGCCCUCCCUGCGCCCGCUGGCCCCGAAGUCCAAGUGCGACAAGAUGGUCUGCAGCCAAUGCGAAGCUCACCUCCACCCUGCGCGGUAACUGCCGCAGGAAGUGCCGCCACACCAACAGCCCGAGGCCCAAGAAGGAGGUUAAAUGA